AUGAAACAACAACACUGCCUGAUUCACAAUUCAGUCACCCAUCUCACGCAGAUUUUGGCUCAUCAAUCUGCGAAGUCCACAACUCGUUGUCCGUCAUCGCACCGUUCCAAGUCUGGUUCAACGAAACGCAACCCCAAAGGAACUGCAGUUCGCCGUAUUUUAGACGGUGUUCGUGGUGAAGACUUCAUACCCGUCCUCCAAGCAUCUUACCGAAAACUCUACGAGUUCAUAACAACUUUCAACAACUCUAACAGCGAGGCUCUCAGCCUCAUUGAUAAACACACCGCUCUGUCUUCCUCAUCGGAGACACGCAAUAAAAAUUACUUAGCUUUAUCACAACAUCUCACCGAUAAAGACUACGACCUCCUAUCCGGAUCUAUGGAGGACUUAUUGACUGAGAUAACUCAAAUCUUGCAAAAUGAGACUGAUCCCUUUGUUCCUGCAAAGAAAACCGACGAUACUCCAGUUGUCUCGGCACAGGCUAAGGAAAUGAUUUCGAAGUUACCGUCACUUCAUAGUAUUUCUCAAUCGGAAGGAAGUGAUAAGAUAGAGGAACACUCCUCUUACCAAGUCGCUGCCACUAAACCACCAGCUGCACCAAUUGUGGUUAAAAAACUCUUUACAAAAGAGCCAGAAGCAAUUUCGUCUGGGUUACAACACAACAGUACUCCUGAGCAUCUGAAAGAGUUACCUGUUAUUACACAAUCAGGUACAAUUCCACAUGAACCACAGGCUGGUUCUACAAUUCAAGGAGAUGUCCUCCAAGACAUACUUACCAACUUCAUGAAAAACUUCGACAAAAAAUUUCAAGACUUUUCUGAAAAAACGGAGCACAAACUCCAACAGAUGAAACAACUACAAGGUCAUUUUAUCCAGCAACUGGAAGGGUUGCAAGAUAAUAUGUCAUUAGUACAAGAUCAGUUAAACCAGCACACUAUGGCUAAAGAACAGGCCUCGGAAAUCUCAGAAAAAAGAAAAAUCAUGUGCGUGGAGUUUUUUAGUUCUCAGCCAAGUUUUUCGACCAUAUGCCAUUCCCUCGCACAGCUAUGA